AAAUGUAAACUCCAGGGCACCGCUCGUAUGCCUGUAUUCUCAAUGGAUGGUGACUACAUUAUUGGGGGUGUUUUCUCUAUACACCACUAUACACACACAGUGAAGCAUAACUACACCACCAUGCCUGAGCCACAAAUGUGCAAGAGAAGCAUUGACUCCCGUGAACUGCGCCUCGCACACACAAUGGUCUUCACCAUCGAGCAGAUUAACAACAGCACAGAACUGCUGCCAGGAAUCAAAGUUGGUUAUCAGAUCCACGACUCCUGUGCCUCAGUGGCCUUGGCGAUGCAUGUGACAUUCCAGCUUUCAAACGGCCUGGACCCGGUGUUUUACACAAGUGAAAACUGUUCACAAUCUGGUAUGGUGAUGGCUAUUGUUGGUGAGACCGGGUCCACACCAUCAAUCAGCAUGUCACGCAUUGUUGGGUCUUUUAACAUUCCUCAAGUGAGUCACUUUGCCACUUGUGCAUGCCUGUCUGAUAAGCAACAGUACCCAAGUUUCUUCAGAACAAUCCCCAGUGACCAAUUUCAGGCUGAUGCACUGGCAAAGCUGGUGAAACACUUCGGCUGGACUUGGAUAGGUGCUGUCCGGUCAGAUUCAGACUAUGGCAAUAAUGGCAUGGCGUCUUUCCUGGAUGCAGCACAGAAGGAGGGGAUCUGUGUGGAAUACUCUGAAUCUUUCCAUCGGGCCCAUCCACAUAGCAGGAUCCAGAGAGUAGCUGAUGUUAUCCGCAGCUCAACAGCUGUGGUUGUUGUGGCAUUUGUGGCCCCUGGAGACCUAAGGAUCCUGCUCGAAGAGCUGUCACUUGAGCCUUCUCCACCUCGCCAGUGGAUAGGUGCUGAGGCCUGGGUAACUGACCCAGAAAUGCUGAGGUUCAGCUUUUGUGUUGGAGCCUUUGGAUUUGGCAUUGAACAAUCUGUCAUCCCACAUCUGAGAGAAUUCUUGUUGGAUCUCCCUCCAGCCAAGGUGGCUGCCUCUCCAGUGUUUACUGAGUUCUGGGAGGAUGCAUUCAACUGCAGGCUGGGAAAAAGUACAGCCAUACACGAAAGAGUGUGUGAUGGAACUGAAGACAUACAGACGCUCCAGAGCCCGUACACUGACACAUCUCAGCUCCGCUUUAGUAACAUGGUGUACAAGGCUGUUUAUGCAAUAGCUCAUGCCAUUCAUAAUGAAGUGUGUCAGGACACAAAUUCUAAAACUCAGUGUGACAAAUUCACAAGAAUAGCUUCCAAACAGGUCCUUUCUCAGCUGAAAAAAGUAAAUUUUUCCCAAAAUGGUUAUGAUGUGUCAUUUGAUGCCAAUGGAGAUCCUGUUGCCAGAUAUGAGCUGGUUAACUGGCAAAAAAGUGAGAGUGGCAGCAUUGAAAUGGUGACAGUGGGGAGCUAUGAUGCAUCACUGCCGGCAGGUCAGGAGUUCCACAUCAAUGGAAACCUUACCUUUUUGAGGGGUGUCACACAAGUGCCUUUGUCAGUGUGCAGUGACAGCUGUCCUCCAGGAACCCGUAAAGUCCUGCAGAAAGGAAAACCAAUCUGCUGUUAUGAUUGUAUACCAUGUCCUGAAGGAGAGAUUAGCAAUGCUACGGAUUCCACUGAUUGUUUCCCUUGCCCCAAGGAGUUCUGGCCUAAUGAAGAGAGAGACACUUGUUUCCCAAAGCCUAUAGAGUUUCUCUCCUUUGACGAGGUCCUAGGAAUCAUCCUGGCUGCAUUCUCAGUUGGUGGUGCCUGUCUUGCAAUUGUAAUUGCAGCUGUGUUCUUUCAUCACAGGACAUCCCCGAUUGUCAGGGCCAACAACUCCGAGCUGAGCUUCCUGCUGCUCUUCUCCUUGACUCUAUGUUUCUUAUGUUCAUUAACUUUCAUUGGAGCACCCUCUGAUUGGUCCUGCAUGCUGCGCCACACAGCAUUUGGGAUCACCUUCGUCCUCUGUAUCUCUUGUAUCCUUGGAAAAACUAUAGUAGUGCUGAUGGCCUUCAGAGCUACACUCCCAGGUAGUAAUGUCAUGAAAUGGUUUGGUCCUACACAGCAAAGAAUGACUGUAGUAGUGUUCACAUUCAUUCAAGUUUUAAUAUGUGCUCUUUGGUUGGGUCUUAACCCCCCAUUUCCAAUGAAAAACCUAGCUAUAUACAAAAAGAGAAUCAUCUUGGAGUGUGCAUUAGGCUCAGCUAUUGGGUUCUGGGCUGUGCUUGGGUACAUAGGCCUAUUGGCUGUCUUUUGCUUAGUGUUAGCUGUCCUAGCUCGGAAACUACCUGAUAAUUUUAAUGAAGCCAAGCUGAUCACCUUCAGCAUGCUGAUAUUCUGCGCAGUCUGGAUCACCUUUAUCCCAGCAUAUGUCAGCUCUCCUGGAAAAUUUACUGUGGCUGUGGAGAUUUUUGCCAUUCUGGCCUCCAGUUUUGGCCUAAUACUGUGCAUAUUUGCUCCAAAAUGUUUCAUCAUAUUGUUUAAGCCAGAGAAGAACACCAAGAAACAUUUAAUGAGCAAAAAUCCAUCCUAA